GGCAGUCAAAAUAAUUCAGUCGGUAUAAUCGUUUGAUAGGUCUUAGACGUGGCCCUUGUAGAAAUCAAACAAAAACUCUAUUAACGACGCACGAUCAAUAACGUCUGCGCAUUAUGUCGUCUGCUAACGGUAUAAGCAAGGACGAAAAGUCCUAUUACAAAAGCAAUAUCAUAAUUGGAGACUCCUUAGCGGAAAAUGGAAAAGAUACAAAAGCAAAACUGCAAAUCACCAAUGGUGCGUCACAAGACGAUUCAAAGAAAAAGAAAAAAUCCAAAAAAGGCGAUGAUGAUAAGGACGUUGAGAAAAAGGAUGAUGUGGAACCAGUUGGAUUUUUCAAAAUGUUUCGCUAUGCCACAACCAAGGAUAAGUUAUUGUAUGCCUUGGGACUGUUUUGUGCCAUAGCAACUGGUUUGACAACGCCUGCCAACAGCUUGAUUUUUGGUAAUUUAUCAAAUGCAAUGAUCUCUUAUGGCGGCUCUGCAAAUUAUACGCGCAGAACGGCUGACGAGAAUCUUUUAGAUGCUGUGCAAACAUUUGCCCUUCAAAACAGUAUAAUCGGCAUAAUUAUGCUUGUUUGUAGCUACAUAUCGGUGACAUCAUUUAAUUAUGCCGCUAAUGCGCAAAUAUUACGGAUACGCGGUAGUUUCCUUAGGUCCGUAUUGCACCAGGAUAUGGCGUGGUACGACUUCAAUCAGAGUGGUGAAGUCGCCAGCAGAAUGAAUGAGGAUUUGUCCAAAAUGGAGGAUGGUAUCGCUGAGAAAGACGUGAUGUUUGUGCAUUUUAUUGUGGCUUUUAUUGGUUCGCUGGUUUUAGCCUUUAUUAAGGGUUGGGAAUUGUCUUUAGUCUGCCUUAGCAGUCUGCCGGUUACAUUCAUAGCGAUGGGUCUAGUUGCUGUGGCUACUUCAAAAUUGUCGAAACAAGAAUUGAAUGUUUAUGCAUCGGCUGGUAAUAUUGCGGAGGAAGCAUUGAGCGGCGUUCGUACGGUCAAAACUUUUGAGGGUGAAUAUAAGGAGGUGCAAGCUUAUAAAUCACAAAUUGUGGAUGCGCGGAAGAUCAAUAUCAAGCGUAAUCUCUUUUCCGGCAUGGGUUUCGGUUUACUUUGGUUUUUCAUUUAUGGCUCAUAUGCUUUGGCUUUCUGGUAUGGCGUCGGGUUGGUUUUGAAGAAUUAUGAGGGCAUUCCCGGUUAUGGUAAUUAUGAUCCUGGCAAUAUGAUAACAGUAUUUUUCUCUGUCAUGAUGGGUUCCAUGAAUAUUGGCAUGGCCUCGCCGUAUAUCGAAGCAUUCGGCGUUGCCAAAGGCGCAUGCGCUAAAGUAUUUAAACUAAUCGAACAAAUACCGACAAUAAAUCCGAUCGAACCGAAGGGUAAAAAUUUAAAUAAACCUUUGGUACAUAUCGAGCUGCGUGACGUUAGCUUUAAAUAUCCAACACGCGAGGAAGUGCAAAUUUUACAUAAGUUUAAUUUGACAAUUAAACGUGGUCAAACGAUAGCCUUAGUCGGCUCAUCGGGUUGUGGAAAAUCAACGAUUAUACAGCUGGUGCAACGUUUCUACGAUCCACAAGAAGGUUCUGUCUAUUUCAAUGAUGUCGACUUGAAAGACAUCAAUAUUACUUGGCUACGCGAGCGCAUUGGCGUUGUAGGACAGGAGCCUAUACUAUUUGGCACAACUAUCUAUGAGAAUAUACGCUAUGGCCGUGAAGAUGCUACAAGAGAGAUGAUCAUUGCCGCUGCCACAGCGGCGAAUGCGCAUAUUUUUAUAAAUAAAUUGCCAAAAGGACUUGAUACUCUGGUUGGUGAACGUGGCGCUCAGUUGUCGGGUGGACAAAAGCAAAGAAUCGCCAUUGCACGAGCUUUGGUGAGAAAUCCGGAAAUCUUGUUAUUGGACGAAGCGACCUCCGCAUUAGAUACGGCCAGCGAAGCCAAAGUACAAGCUGCUCUUGAAAAGGCUAGCAAAGGACGUACCACAAUCAUUGUGGCCCAUCGUCUGUCGACUAUACGACGUGCUGAUCGCAUUAUAGUAAUUGAUAAAGGUGUGGUCGUCGAAAGCGGUACUCAUGCCGAAUUAAUGGAUCUCAAGUCACACUAUUAUAAUUUGGUCACAAAACAAUUGGGUGAUGAACCCUUUACGGCCUCCGUAGAAAAUAGUGGUAAAGACAAUAAAUUCUUCGAUACAAAAGAUGAGGAUGAAGAAAUGGUUGAAUAUAAAAUUGAAGAGGCAGCUUUAAUUGAAGAAAAUCUGGAUGACUCGUCACUGUGGCCGAUAUUGAAGAUGAAUACACCCGAAUGGCCGCAAUUAUUGGGCGGUAUGGUGUGUUCGGUUAUAAUGGGCUGUGCUAUGCCCAUUUUUGCUUUACUUUUUGGUGAAAUUCUACAAAUAUUGGCCGUGAGGGAUAACCCUGAAUAUGUGCGGGAUAACACAAAUGUAUACAGUUUAUAUUUUCUCAUAACCGGCAUUGUUGUAGGCCUGGCAACAUUUUUACAGAUUUAUCUAUUCGGUAUUGCUGGCGAGAGAUUAACCGAACGUCUUAGGGGUAUGAUGUUUGGCACAAUGCUGAAGCAAGAAGUUGCCUGGUUCGAUGACAAAGCCAAUGGCACCGGUAGUCUUUGCUCGAGACUUUCUGGUGAUGCCUCCGCCGUUCAGGGUGCAACUGGACAACGUAUUGGUACCAUUUUCCAAUCAGCGGCCACUAUCGUCUUGGGUGUCGGUUUAUCGAUGUACUAUGAAUGGAGCUUGGGCUUGUUGGCGCUGGCAUUUGCGCCAUUUAUUUUGGUUGCGGCGGUUAUGCAACGUAAGGUCAUGGCUCAGGAAAAUAUGGGCACCGGCAAAGCAAUGGAGAAUUGUACAAAGCUUGCCGUUGAGGUCGUUUCGAACAUACGUACUGUUGCGUCCUUGGGCCGCGAAGAGAUGUUUUACCAACAAUAUAUGGAUUUGCUACAUCCCGCUAUGGCUAGAGCUAAGAAGAAUACGCAUUUCCGUGGUCUUGUGUACGGUUUGGCCAGAUCACUAAUGUUCUUUGCAUUUGCCGCUUGCAUGUGGUAUGGCGGUUGGUGUGUCGUAAAUAAGGGCAUGGAAUUCGGCAAUGUUUUCAAGGUCUCACAAGCUUUGAUUAUGGGCACAGCAUCUAUCGCUAAUGCGUUAGCUUUUGCACCCAAUUUGCAGAAAGGUGUUACAGCAGCAAAGAAAAUAUAUUUAUUAUUUAAUCGUGUGCCACAAAUCCAAGAUAAACCGGGCAUAUCGCUUGCGCCAUGGACGGCGGAAGGCGAGGUGGAAUUCAAGGAAGUCAAAUUUAGUUAUCCAACACGUGCCGAAAUUCCCGUACUUAGAGGUAUAAUCAUGAAUAUGAAGAAGGGACAAAAAGUGGCAUUGGUCGGCUCGUCAGGCUGUGGCAAGUCUACUUGUAUACAACUAUUACAACGCUUCUACGAUGUGGACGCCGGUUCGAUAACCAUUGAUAGUCUUGACUUGCGCAAUCUUUCACUAUCGAAUUUACGCCAUCAAUUGGGUAUCGUCUCACAAGAACCGAUAUUAUUCGACAGAUCCAUUAGGGAGAAUAUUGCCUAUGGUGAUAAUACACGGGAAGUUACCGAACAGGAAAUUAUUGCGGCAGCCAAGAAAGCGAAUAUACACAAUUUCAUCUCAGCAUUGCCAUUGGGCUAUGAGACCCGUAUGGGUGAGAAAGGCACACAAUUGUCGGGUGGACAGAAACAACGUAUCGCCAUUGCUCGCGCUAUGGUCAGAAAUCCGAAGAUAUUGCUAUUAGACGAAGCCACGUCAGCGCUUGAUGCUGAGAGUGAAAAGAUUGUUCAAGAGGCACUGGAUGCGGUCAGUGAGGGUCGUACAACCAUAAGUAUAGCUCAUAGAUUAUCGACCAUUAUUGAUUCGAAUGUUAUAUAUGUACUCGACAACGGUCAAGUUGCGGAGUGCGGUACACACAAGGAGCUCCUGAAAUUGCAUGGUAUAUAUCACACGUUGUGGAGAUUGCAAACGGGUGGUUAGGGCUGACGAAGAGACUGCAAUAUAUAUAUAUAUAUGUAAGGUGUAAAUCUCUGGCUGUAUACAUACAUACAUAUACAUGGUUAGGGGCUAAUAGUCGUAUUAACAUUUGCGAAAUCGUAAUAUUUUAUUAUUUGUAAGUUAUUUAUAAACCUUAAACUAAGUAGAACAAAGUUUGUAUUCCUUGUAUGUAUGUAUGUGUGUAAAAAUUAAAAAGAAGAGCUAAUAAAAUCAAAGUACCAUAUUUGUUUUAAAAACAA